UCGUGGAGGUAAGAAUAAGAAGGAAAAGAACAAGGACAAGAAGAAUAUCGCCGUGUGCUAGUUCCUAGGGCCAACUACUACUAUACGCCUGAAGCGCUAAGGGCCCUUCAAGGACGCCGUCGCGGGCAACCUACCUUCCGGAAGGCGUUUGUUCCAGCCUUCUGUCAAGGGCAGUGCUUCUACCCGAAGCUCUCGAAGGCACUCUUCCGUUUUGGCCGCCGAGCCCGAAGCUACUAAAGCGAAAGUCGUCCACAGCGGCGGUUUCCAUUUACACAGAAGUAUAGAUCCGCGGCCACGUCUGCGGUACUCGCUAGUGCUCGCUCGGUGCCAGCCAAAACAGAGCCGAGUCCUGUUGCUGACAACUGCGCGGCCGCCGUGCCCCUUCGUAGGCAGCCUAUGGAGCCCAAAGACUCGGCCAAGGCAGCGGGACGGCGCGCGUCGCGCUCUUCAACCGGCAUUGGCUCCAAGCGCAGCAGUCGACGUGUCUCCGACAUGUCCUCGGCACCUCAGCAGGACCACGCCGCGCAUCAGGGAGGGCCUGCCGCCCCGAAGAGGGUGUCGUCGGAUGCAUCCGCCUCACACGGGACAGGCAGGGCGGACCAUCCUGCAGACCCUAAGGCAGCUACCUCUCGUCGAGAGUCCGUGAAGCCCGAAGGGGCCGCCAAGAACGCUGACCUGAAAAAGAGGCGCAAGUCGACGUCUUCUCGCAGGAGCACCUCGUCUGGAAAAUCGUCGAGUAGGUCGUCCCGACGCUCGUCCCGGUCCGCACAGCUGGCGAACGACGGCGGUGCCGCGGAGAAGACUGCAGCCUCCCACUCUGCCAUGCCCAAACAGCGUAGAGAAAGCAAAUCUCGGAAGCAAUCCAAGAUGCUCGACGAUGCGGCCGCAUCUACAAGCGAUAAGGCCGCCGAGAGACGUGCUUCGCAGCCUUCCACGGUACCUGGCAGCGGCGCUCCUUCGGCGUUGCUGACCGGUCUACAGAUGACAAACCUCUGCAGCGAGUUCUCCGCCAACAGAGAGUCUGGGACAGCAGACGGCGGUGCGGCCAGUACCAAUGUGAAUCCGACCCCCUUGUUGUCAACGGUACCAGCCGGUGGAACAGAGGAGGCGACAGCUAUGAAGGCAUCGAUGUCGCAGGCGUGUUCGUUUGAAAUCACGAAGUCCCCCCACGAUCCACACUCCUUCCUGGGCAUCUCAAUGCCGGAGUACCAGCCGCGGAGCAAGAACUCGCAUUCGGGAAACGUACGCUGCAGGGUGGCGGUCAUCGUUCUCUUCCUGCUGGCUUCCGUGCUGCUCCCCUUGCUGGUCGUCACGUGGCUCUACUUGUUCGCCAAUCAGGACGCGCCGAGCUCCUUUCCCGUCUGCUCUACCGACGGCUGCCUGAACCACGCGGCGGCGCUGAGCGCCAAGCGCAACCGUUCCCUGGACCCCUGCGAAGACUUCGGCCUGUACGUCUGCGCGGCCUGGAAGCGCAAGCACAUGAGCCUCACCAGCACAAUCGUUGAGGAGUUGGUCCUGGAUUCCAUUCUGGAGCAGAGCAGGCCGAAGAUGAGUGAAUACCACGGCGACGUGCCGUUGGGACAACGACCCGAGCAGUUCAUGGCGCUGUGCGAAGCGGCCAGGCCUAGUGACGACGUGUCAGCGGUCAGAGCGUUCAAGGAAUUUGUGCAGGGCGAGCUUGGUUUCCUGGUUCCGCCUCAGAAGUCUCCUGGCGACGGGAGGCUGCCGGCCAACAGCAGCCUACACGCGCAGCUUCUCAAAGCACUGGUCGUUCUCAGCGGCAAGUGGCUCGUGCCGCUCUGGUUCCGGCUCGACAUUAUCAAGCGGAGCGACGAGCCCUACGUCUUGCUGUCCGUGGAGCCGCUCGUGCAACUGUGGCAACGUGUGCACAAGAGCCUCAACCAGGCGUUGUACAAAAACUAUGUGGAACAGUUCAUCGAUGUCGUCUACAACGACGGCGACGCCUCGGGUGGAGCUUCGGAGUCGUACUUGCAGUUCCUGCGCACUAGGAGCGCCCAGGUGCAGACCAACGUCUUCGAGGAAUUGAGCGGGCCCUCUCGCGAGCGGCACCCGUUGCCCGUUCACGGCCACAUCGGCGACCUGCGUGACUUCGUUCCGAUGUUCUCGGCCAAGGACUGGACGACCGCGCUUAACGCUGCGUACGACGCGGUGACCCGCGAGAGGACCGCUGUGUUCGUGAGCAGCCGCGGCCUGCUGGACUCCAUGAAAGCCCUGCUCAGCGCCUUCUCGGCGCUGGAGCUGCUCUACCACACGGCCUGGUGGUUUGUGCAACAAAUCGCGACCCUCGCGAGCAACGAGCUCUACGGGGCUGCCACCGCCACCUUCAGCUCUAACGGGAGCCUGCACAUGAAAGUAUUGUGUGCUGUCCAGGUCAGCAUCACGUACAACGCACUCGUGGCCUUCAACUUCUGGGCGCAGCGAACGGACGCCGACAGGGAAGCCGUGAGCCGCAUCUUGCGCUCGCUGCAGGACGCGGUGCGGAACGGAACGCGCGCCUCGGCCGCCCUACCCGUGCGCGAAUCCCUCGUCUACAUGCUGGACGAGACGCGGCCUGUCGCCUGGCCCGAGGCGCCGCUCGACUUCCGAAGCGGUCUGCUCCUCCUCUACGGCGAAGUGGUGGACAGCAAGCGCGGCUUUUUCGGCCACUGGCUCUCGAGCCACCGCACGAUCCAGGCCUCCUACGGACGAUCGUGGUACAAGGCUGCAGGCCUGGUGUACAGACUGGACACCAGCGCGCUGUCCACGUACAGCCCGGCGCAGGGCGUCAUCUCGCUGGCGACCGCAGCAGCGGAACCUCCCGUCUACUACAACACGGGCACGCCCGCCAUGGCUUUCGGGGGCCUGGGCUUCGUCUACGCGCUCCGCCUGCUGCUUGCCAUGGACGUCACCGUACUGCUAAAUUCAGCGGCGCUCGGCGGGCUGGUGGUCGCCAAGGACAAUGACCACCUGGCACAGGUGCCGGUAUGCUCCGACCACGAGGAGAAACACGCCGCGUUUCCGUUCCUGCCCGCAUUGGAAGCGGCUCACGCAGCCUACGUGCAGGUCUAGCCUGCCGGCCCGAGCGCUGGACGGCCCGGAUUUGGUCCUCAAAGACGGGACUUCGCAGGAGCGCGUCCCACUCUUCAUUGGUGAACUUCAGGCCCAGCGACCCGCACUCCCAGAGCAUACGAGGCAAAGUAGCAACCUCACCACAGGCCACGCAAGAACAAUUCGGAUAAAUCUCGGUAUAUAUGCUGUUAAGGGACGCCGGAUUUGGGUAGGAGUUCGUUUGCAAGAGUCAGGGGCUCAAUUUUUGGUAAUCGUGACUCUGUAAAGCCAACAGAUCAUGAAGCCAUGCAAGGAAAGCAUUUCGAAGAAAUAAACUGUGGUUGAAAUUUCAAUUUCAUAUUUCAUUUAUUUAUUUGCUGGGGUAUAACCUCUUGUACUGUGAACUGAAGCAGUACUAGCGCGGCAGUGUAAAGGACCUAAAUGGUUGAGUGCCUUUUCCAGUAUUUUAUAUACCGGGUGUCCCAGUUAACUUGGACCAACAUUUUUUUUAAAUGCAAGAGCUCUAGAGAAAUCGUACCGUCUGCGUAGUAGCGGCAGUCCUGUGGACUUACAGCCAGUAUUUUUUCAUCACGAAUUAUUAAUUUUUUAAUUAGUGAGCUUUUUAAUUAUUGCUUGAAUCACGAACAUGUCGAUUACAAAGUUGAAGGGCACCUUAAAUGACCUCCGAAUAAAGCAUUUAUUUCGUGCUGAAGUGUGCCUUGCUGUUUAUCCAAGAAAAAACA